GUUGCCUACACCUCUAAAGACGGACAAUAUGCGGAGUAAAAAGUGUUUGUUGUGUAAGAGGAGAAGAGAGAAAAAGAGUAGAGGAAAAGGGGGAGGAGAGAGGGAUUGCAUUGGAGCACAUCCGUGCGUAAAUCUAACCAUCCUCGCCGUGCUCCUUCCAUCCCUCGCCACUGUUGCCUCCAACGGGUCCCCGCUCUUCCUCUAAGCCGGGAUCACCUGCAGGUGGUCUAGUUUUUGCACCGUGGAGUCUCGAUUGUCUCGACUCGGUGGCCUCCUCCAGGGGUUAGGAGGAGCACCGGGGAGCUCCUCCAGAUUUCUGCCGGGUUUCGUGUCCACUGCCGGGGAAAGUCAUGGCUCUGAGCGCCGGGAGAGACGCGGCUCGACCCGCUCUCGGAUGCCGGUGAUGCGGGGUCUGAUCGCGCCUCAAAACACCUUCUUGGAUACCAUUGCCACGCGGUUCGAUGGGACCCAUAGCAACUUUGUCCUCGGGAAUGCUCAGGUCCAGUCUCUGUACCCAAUAGUCUACUGCUCCGAUGGUUUCUGUGAGCUGACGGGCUUUGCCCGUGGCGAGCUGAUGCAGAAAAGCUGCAUGUGCCACUUCUUGUAUGGCAGCGAGACCAGCGACCGCCUCACCUCACAAAUGCAAAAAGCUCUGGAUGAACGCAGUGAAUUCAAGACUGAGAUCAUUUUGUACAAGAAGAGUGGCUCCAAGUUCUGGUGUCUGUUGGACAUAGUUCCCAUCAAGAAUGAGAAGAGUGAGGUGGUUCUGUUCCUGGUGUCACAUAAGGAUAUUACAGAAAAUAAGGAUUUAGACCGCAGCAAUGAAUCUGACACCGAUGAGGAAACCGGUCUGGAGAUCCACCAGGUCAGUCGGCCUACAGGGUGCAAUAUGGAGAGGCGGCGCAGUCGGGCCGUCCUCUACCAGUUAUCUGGACAUCUGCAGAAACAGGAUAAGACCAAGAGCAAGCUGAAGAUCAACAAUAGUGUUCUUGGAGCCAACGCUAACCCGGUCCCAGAAUAUAAAGUGGCUGACGUCCAAAAGUCUCGUUUCAUCCUCCUUCACUAUGGUGCGUUCAAGGCUGGCUGGGAUUGGCUGAUUUUGUUGGCCACCUUCUACGUGGCUAUCACUGUUCCCUACAAUGUCUGCUUCACGGCUGUGGAGAUAAGAGAAGAUGGCGGCUCUGCGGCUCGGAAUCCACCAAGUGUCAGUGAUAUUUUGGUGGAGAUACUUUUUAUCAUCGACAUCGUACUGAACUUCCGAACAACCUAUGUGAGCACGUCUGGUCAGGUGGUCUACGACGCUCGCUGCAUUUGCAUUCACUAUGUCACCUCCUGGCUAUUUGUGGAUCUGAUCGCUGCCUUGCCCUUUGACCUGCUGUACGCCUUCAAUAUCAGUGUGAACUUCGGGGUUCACCUAUUGAAGACAGUGCGCCUCCUCCGUCUCCUGCGCCUCCUGCAGAAGUUGGAUCGGUACUCCCAGUACAGCGCUGUGGUGCUCACACUGCUCAUGUCCACAUUCGCCCUGCUUGCCCACUGGAUGGCUUGUGUCUGGUACUUCAUCGGGCGCAGUGAGAUUGAGAGUAACAACCCUGCCUCCUGGGAUAUAGGCUGGCUCCAUGAACUGGCCAAACGCUUGGGAACUCCAUAUUUCCUGACACCGUUGACUUCUCUGCUGGGAGUCUCUGAGUCCCCUCAAGGCGCCGUGGCAGCAGGGCUGGCCAACUACAGCCAGUGGAACGGCUCGAGCUUGGAGUCGCUGAAUGGGAGCGGUUUAAUGAGCUCAAGUCAGUGGAACAGCAGCAGAACAAGAUCAAGGAGUCUGAACGGCUCAGGGAUGACGCUAAACGGAGGGCCGUCCGUCAGGAGCUCCUAUGUGACAUCGCUGUACUUCGCUUUGAGCAGUCUGACCAGCGUGGGCUUCGGCAACGUUUCAGCCAACACGGACUCUGAGAAGAUCUUCUCCAUUUGUACCAUGCUGAUCGGAGCAUUAAUGCAUGCUGUAGUUUUUGGUAACGUGACUGCCAUCAUCCAGAGGAUGUACUCACGCCGUUCCCUCUACCACACCCGCACCAAAGACCUGAAGGACUUCAUCCGUGUGCACCGGUUACCCAAAGCUCUGGAGCAGCGUAUGAUGGAGUGUUUCCAAACGACCUGGUCCGUCAACAACGGUAUCGAUGUCAGCGAGCUGCUGAAGGACUUCCCAGACGAGCUGAGAGCUGACAUAGCAAUGCACCUGAAUAACGAGCUGCUGCAGCUUCCGCUGUUCGAAUCAGCCAGCAGGGGGUGUCUGCGUUCCCUCUCCUUAAUCAUCAAGACGUCCUUUUGCGCUCCAGGAGAGUUCCUCAUCCGGCAGGGUGAUGCUCUCCAGGCUAUCUACUUUGUAUGCUCCGGCUCCAUGGAAGUGCUGAAGGACAGCACUGUGCUUGCCAUUUUGGGACGGGGUGACCUGAUCGGCUCUGACUGUCUGACCCAGGAGGAAGUGAUAAAGACCAAUGCCUGCGUGAAGGCUCUUACUUACUGUGACCUUCAGUACAUCAGCCUCAAAGGGCUCCGUGAGGUUCUCUGCCUCUAUCCUGACUACGCCCAGAAGUUCAUUACUGAGAUCCAACAUGACCUGACGUACAACCUCCGAGAAGGACACAACGCUGAGGCAGACUGUGAGAGCAAUGGAGGAAUCAUGAAGAAACUUCCCUCCAUUAAGGAGGACGAGGAGGGAUCGGGCUCAGACGGGGAACACUCUCCUCUCCCCAAGAUACCUUCCCUGGGAAGGCUAGGCCGAGGUCUGCGCUCCCCCCUGCGCUCCCCUCUACGCUCCCCGCUCUUGCCACCGAGACCUUUCAGACCGAGUGAUCACACCCGGCCCACCAGCCUGCAGAUCCCUGUGGUGAGCUUCAGCUGCCUGCAGACGGACCUCAGCCCUCGGUUUGUUGACGGGAUCGAGACAGAAAACCACAACGGUUCGGCUCAGAGGUUUGAUUUUUCUCCCAGUCCAACUCAAACCUUUCUACCCAGCCCUGACUCCGCCACCUCAGGAGUCCAUGAUGAUGUUGACACCAUGAAGACAAUUGCAAAGCUAAAACAUGAGAUGUGUGUUCUGUCCCGUCAAGUAACCGCUGUGAGUCAGGAGCUGCAGGAAAUGAUGCGUCUUUUCAAACCUCUAUUUCACAACCCCUCCGCACUGCUCAUGCCCUACGCUGUGACUCCACCUCUCAGCAUAUCCUCGCACAGCUGCUCACCAGCUCCACCAAUCCAAACCCACCACCUACACGUGGGCUGUUCAGACGAGCCAAACCCUCUGUCUGUCCUCAUACCUGACCCAUCGUCUCCUCAGCUGAGCAAGAGCAAUGAGUUACAAGGAGAGUUUGAUCCAAUUUAUGAUAACCAACCCACCACCCAUCAGAUCAAUCCUGCUCUGCCGAUCUCGCAUCGCUCAGCUCCACCUUCACUUAACAGCUCUCCUCCUGAAUACACAGCGGUGCCAGAUCCCUGCUCUUACUCCUCCAUCCCCUCUCUUUCCACAUCAAGCCACCAAUCAUGCAGCACCCCCCUCCUGGUGGACUUAUCAGAACCUGGCAGAGAGUCACAAAUACAUCCUCAAUCACAUCUCCCAGUAUCCUCCCAGCCCCAGUUCACAGCCUAUUCUUAUUCCCAUUCCCUUCCACAGUCUCACAUCCAGCCCUGUCCCCUUCCCCAAACCUCCAGCAUGGCUUCAAACUCCCAAAUGCCCCUCCUGAACCUGCAGGAGGGAGAAUGGGGGGAGCACAGCACCCAGCUAAGCUUCAUCAAUGAAGGACAGCCGUCGGUGUGAACAGACGUGAAGACAAACGGACACUGAGACAGGACUGACAGAUGGACCAGCAUGCCACACGACUUACUGCAUGAUGAACAUUUGCCCAAAGUUUGGCAUGACAGCUCCAGUGUAAAUAUGUUUUUAAACUGUUAUCAAGAUCACCAUCAAGAACAUCUGAGAAUA